AUGGUGUUCUCCUCCCCUAGCUGGGUGCCUAGUUUGCCGAUAGAUCCUCCGGACUCGGUCUCAAUCCAAGAGUUCAUGCAGAACGAAGCAUAUGGCCGCUGCCCAAUUGCCAAAAGCCGAGAUCCAUUUACUUGCGGAAUCACUCAUCGUACAUACUCAACUUCUGAAUUCUUCCAACGAUCAGAGUACCUAGCCAGAGCCUUUGCUAAGCACCUGCAAUGGCAGCCAAAUGAGGGGACGCCCUGGGAGAAGGUUAUGGCAAUCUUCUCCUUCAACACCAUUGAUUUCGUAACGGCCAUCUACGGAGUUCAUCGUCUGUCGGGAAUUGUCACGCCAGCCAAUGCAGCAUAUUCCGCUGCUGAGUUGACGCAUCAACUCAAGUCAUCCGGAGCCAAGGCUCUAAUUACGUGUACGCCUUUACUCCCAACAGCUCUCGAGGCGUCUCGCAGCGUUGGGAUACCAGAUGAAAACGUGUUUCUUUUUGACAUUCCAGAGACUGAGCCAACUUCGCGUCUUUCACAUGCGACAGUGGAGGACUUAAUAGCUUCUGGUUUCAGGCUUGGCGAGAUCGAUCAGCUGAGAUGGACUGGUGGCCAAGGUGCUCGUCAAACGGCUUUCUUAUGCUUUUCAAGUGGAACAUCAGGCUUGCCGAAAGCCGUCAUGAUUUCCCACUACAACGUGAUUGCGAACGUGCUGCAACAUGUCACCUUUGACUCUGUUGCUAGAGCCAGAAAAGGCGUGACUACGCAGGCAGUUACAGGGUUUCUACCCUUUUCGCACAUUUACGGUCUCGUCAUUGCUGCGCACACGAGUACAUGGCGAGGUGACCAAGUCGUUGUUCUUCCCCGAUUUGACUUCCACAACUUUCUCAAGUCAGUCCAGGACUUCAAGAUCAGACAGCUACUGGUGGUGCCCCCCAUCAUUAUCCAAAUUCUGCGAUACAAAGAAACGUGUGCCAAGUUCGAUCUGAGCAGCGUGAGGUUUGUUUUCUGUGGGGCAGCUCCUCUCGGUGAAGAAACCAUUCGAGACACGAAAGAACUAUUCCCGCAAUGGACUAUAGCCCAGGCUUACGGCAUGACGGAAACUGCCACGGUCGUCACAGCGUCAAGUGAAGAUGACGUGCUCACCAAAGGCUCUGGCUCCUUUCUACCAGGUGCAAAAGGAAAGAUAAUAGAUCUAGAGGGCAAAGAAGUCACUGAAUAUGACAAGCCUGGGGAGCUUCUCGUCCAGGCUCCUUCUGUUGUGUUGGGCUAUCUGAACAAUGAGAAGGCCAACGCAGAAACUUUUGUUCACCAUUCAGACGGUAGAUGGAUUCGCACAGGAGACGAAGCGCUGGUCACUCUCGCGCCAUCAGGCAACGAACAUGUUGUGAUUGUUGAUAGGAUCAAGGAGUUGAUCAAAGUCAAGGGUCAUCAAGUAGCACCUGCAGAGCUCGAGGCCCAUAUACUGGCGCAUCCUCACGUCUCUGACUGUGCAGUGAUCCAGAUACCCGAUGACCACUCAGGGGAGGUACCCAAAGCUUUUGUUGUAAAGAGUUCACUGGCUGUGUCAUUAACCGAUGACGAGUUGGCGAGCGAUAUCAUGAAGCACGUGGCAGACCACAAGGCUUCAUACAAACAGCUAAGAGGAGGAGUCCAAUUCCUAGAGCUCAUUCCUAAAAGUCCAAGUGGAAAAAUUCUUCGCCGACUAUUAAGAGACAAAGAGCGCGAUGCAAGGAGAGCCAAGGGGUCAAGGUUAUAG